UUUCCACUUUCACAUCCCAUAUGCAUUUCCAAACAACUUCAAUCAAUUAGUGUGUUGCUUUUAAAAGUUCCCAAAGGGGAAUCGAGUCAAUCGACACCCUUCGUUUUGCUCUAGACUCUAGUCUUCUAACCCAAAUCCCCAUUAAAGUCACCGAGGACCAAACACCAUAUCAUGUUCAUGUGUGUGUAGUGUAAUACACAAUGUCUGGUCAGUUUGAAUAUAUGGGACUAAAAUAAUGUGGUUUAGUUGAAUGGAUGGGAUAAGCACGGAAUCUAUAAAGGAAUUCAACGACAAAGGAUGAUUGAUGAUGUAUUCCCAUCGUCGUACUCGAUCAAAAUGACACAACUUAGAAGAAAUGUUAACACAACACGUGUCUUUAAGGAUACGUGUCGUGCUCUCGCAUGGUGUUACAAACAACUAGUGGGGAAAGAGAAUCUGCAUUGGUCCCUUUCUGUCCUCGUUGAUCUUAACAGCUGUUUGAACAUUUCGGCUCAUGCUCUUCAACAAUAUUUAAUUGGGGCAACUUUGUUGCAUUUGCACAUCAGUAAUAUCUGGGACAGUUCCAAAUAGGUGUAUCAGCAAAUGAAGCCCCUGCAAAGUUUAUAUAAAUAUAUACUAUAUUGUUAACCCUUCAUCCAUUACCCCUACACAAAGUACUACCCUCCACACUCACACACAGAGAUGGAGAGCCUAUCUUCUAAACAAUUCUUUGUUGCAUCCCUUUUCAUAGUACUUGUCAUUUGUUCCUACAUGAACUCAAGCUUAGCCGCUACACUUAACCCGUUAAGCUCUGUGUUCUUUACAACAACUGUUGCCUUCCCCAAUUCUCCGACCACCCACGACAGCCAGAUCAAGGAAAAGGCCUUUGCUACUGACAUCAUUACAACAUCUGUUGCCUUGACCAUUUCUCCGACCACUGGCAACAGCCGGAUCAAUGAAAAGUCCUUUGCUACUAAGAUCAUUACAACAUCUGCGCCAGCCACCUAUAUCCCAGAUUCAACAUGCACUUCAACCAAUCACAAAGUUGCACCUGCACCAUCGCCGGAGUUUCCUGUCCUACGCCGGAAGCUUCUUAAGGGUCAUACCCGGCCAUCUGCUCCGAAUCCAGGCACUUAUAUCCCACCUUCAACAAGCUCUUCAACCAAUCACAAAGGUGCACCUGCACCAUCGCUGGAGUUUCCUGUCCUACGCCGGAAGCUUCUUAAGGGUCAUACUCGGCCAUCUGCUCCGAAUCCAGCCACCUAUAUCCCACCUUCAACAAGCUCUUCAACCAAUCACAAAGCUACACCUGCACCAUCGCCGGAGUUUCCUGUCCUACGCCGGAAGCUUCUUAAGGGUCAUACUCGGCCAUCUGCUCCGAAUCCAGCCACCUAUAUCCCACCUUCAACAAGCUCUUCAACCAAUCACAAAGCUACACCUGCACCAUCGCCGGAGUUUCCUGUCCCAUGCCGGAAGCUUCUUAAGGGUCAUACUCGGCCAUCUGCUCCGAAUCCACCCACCUAUAUCCCACCUUCAACAGGCUCUUCAACCAAUCACAAAGCUGCACCUGCACCAUCGCCGGAGUUUCCUGUCCUACGCCGGAAGCUUCUUAAGGGUCAUACUCGGCCAUCUGCUCCUAAUCCAGCCACCUAUAUCCCACCUUCAACAAGCUCUUUAGCCAAUCACAAAGCUACACCUGCACCAUCCCCAGGCACAGUACCGUAAGAGAGUCCUCCGCCUCA